GCUGGGACACGUCAUUGGAGUCAGUGAUGGAGAGAUGAGUGACUGUGGCGGAGCGUUGCUAGUAUUUGUGGAAUGGUGCGUCGUUUCAUGAAUGGAUGGCAAGUGUUCCCAUGACUGCUGGGUGCAUCAUUUAAAGGUGUGGUUUACAUGCUGAUGCUGAUGCACCUGCACAGUUUCUUCAGGUCAACUGCACUGAGGGAGAAUGAAGCCAAUCCUCCCCAAAGGCAGUGGUGUGCCACAGGUACAGGGGAUCUUUUCCUCCCCUCGGACAACCAUCAUCCUUGCCCCGCCAUCAGCAGCAGCAGUGGGAGCCUCACCCCUGCCCAUGGGAACUUCCUUCUCUAACCCCCUCAUCCUGCCUGCCCCUCCCACUUCCACCAUCACUUUAGCUGCCCACCGAGUGCCUCAGCCAACACCUGUCAUGCUGCCCUUGACCAAGAGUACCAUGUCACCCACUAAUAUUCAGGUGCAGUGUCCCCUUCUUGCACCAAAGAACUUUCCUCUGAGAAUUGAACUUCAACAACCAACUGCUCUCUACUCAAGUGGAAAAAGUUUCAAGAGACACCCAUGUAAGAAAAAUAAAGAAAGAAGUGAUGGUAGACAAAGUCAAAUUAAAUAUUCUAAUUCUGAAACUCCCAUCCUUCCCAAAAGGUGUCAGUCAGAUCCUCAAACUGUGAUACUGCUGCCUUCAGCCCCAGGCAAGGCAGUGACCCUGCCUCCCUCUGUGCUAGUCCCCAAGUGUUCUCUUGUAAUUGCUGAUGAAAUGCACUCACAAUCUGUCUCUAAGGAGGGAAGAGAAAACAAGAGGAAUGAUAAUAAGGAGGUGACAAAGAAACUGUCAGGCAAAGUAAAGAAAGUAAAUCAAGUAAAGUUCCCACAAAGCAACAGUGACAGACUCAAUAAAAAUGUGGGAAAUUGUUCAAAAACUUUGGGAUUGAAAUUUCUUAAGAAAAAAUCUGUAGAUCACCAAAGUAUUGCAGAAGAUGAGACUGGCAAAAUAAAACCUUUAGAUAUUCAUGAGGAUGAUAUAAGAGAAGACUCAUCUCUGCCAAUAGUAGAAAGUGGCAAUCCACUUUAUGUCCCAGAAUCAUUCAUUUUGUCAGCAGAGGGAUACCUGAGUCAGUCAGGUAAUUUUUCCCAUCAGCAAGAUGUUCCUCAUCACCCUCCACCACCUUAUCCGCAAGACUCGGUGGUUGACAUUAGUUCUGGUUCUAAGAGCACUGAGGCUCAGCAGGAUCCUAACCAGUGCCAAAAGGAAGCAUCACGACUUGCCGUCAAUGAUUCCAAAUCAUUCCACGGAAAAAGAAAGAAAUGUGAAUGGAAACACAAAAGGCAUAGUAUUAUGGGAAGAGCUACUAAUGCAUCAAGCAGUGUAUCUGUACCUGAAAUUAGGUCUGAUUUUUCCAGUAAAGUUACUGGUGAAGCUGACAGUCACAUAACUCCAUUGUCAUCUUCCCCCCUCUCACCUGAAUGUUCUGGGCCAUGCACAACCCCCAGUUCUUCAUCAGAUCCAUCUAUUAACAUACCAUUAGGAAAAACCUGUAUAACUGAUACAGUAACAGUAGUUUCAUCCUGCUCUUCAUCUGCCUCACAUUCUCAUUCUUCCCCGGUCAAGAAUAGAAAUAUAACUCCAUCUUUAUGUAAACUGGAAACAAAUCAUAAGAGUCCCAUCUUUGAGCAACACAUUUCCUCCCCUGCACCACGUUCCUCCCUUGGGGAUCCCCAAGAUAUACUACUUAUACCUGGAAAGUCUUCUCAGAACAAAUCAUUUGAACAACCCUACCAUUUGUCCACUAGUUCUGUAGGUGUAUGUAUAACAGAUGUUCCCUCAAGUUCUUCCUUACCUUCUGAACUGUCACCCACUCAACCUGCUUCCCAAACCUCAUAUUGCUCACAAUCAUCUGUAGUUACUCAUCUGUCACACUCUCCAGCAUCUUCCUUGACUCAUGAAACUAAUACCAGCUUUUCUUCCUGUAAUGGUGCCACACCUUAUGAACUCAAAUCUGGAGCUACUGCCUUGUGUUCACAAGCUGGUCUCCAGCUUGCUCUGAAUGCUCAGCGAACACAAAGUUCUGUGUCUUCACAUUUGAAUGAGUGUGAUCAAGCUCCAGGCUCUGCAUUUUACUUCCAGUCACCUCAGUGUAGCACAAGCUUGCAUUCAGUGUUGCCUAGCCAUUCCUCCAUCCCAGGUUCUGUGACAAACUCUGACAGCACAGCCUCAUGUCCUUAUAUACCAUCUGAGGAUCAGGCAUUCAUCCAUAAAGUUAGCUCUCAUCCAUCUUCAUAUGCAGAUUCCACACAGUCAAGCUCUUUUGCACAGUCUCUUCAGCCUGCACCAUUCAUGGAUCCAUCUCAUCUGAAUUCUUAUUCACAAUCUUCUCAACCAAAGUUAAUUACUAAGUCUCCACAUUCACAUUAUACAUCCUCACAUCAGCUUCCAUCAUACACACAGUCUUCAUCAUUAUCUCACACACCAUCAACACAGGUAGUCAUAAAUACUGUGGCUGAUCAUUCCACUUCUCAUGCUCACUCAUCUUCAUUAGUUGCACACGUACAGUCUUCUCAAAGCUCACGUAUGGAGGAGCCACAUCCAGAUCCAUGUCUUCACACUGAACACGCAUCUUAUCUUCAACCAACACAGCCUCUUUCACUAUGUGGAGAGAGUCAGCAUGGAAAAGCUGUCUCUAAUCAUCAUUCUCCACAAGAGGUGUCCUUUCCUUCAGAAUACACUUCCUCUUACCCUUCACCACAGGGAGGAUCACAUUCCCAUCCCUCUCAUACUCCUGUGUCAGUGGAGAACUUGCCAGCAAUAGCCAUGUUUAAGGAUAAUUCACAAUCUCCAGUUCUUCCUCUGUAUGCAGCUUCCCAUGAUGUGUCUGCAUCCCAGUGUUACGCAGAUUCUUCCAGCAUACCUUAUGCUUCUCAACAGACAAGUAUUCAUGAUCCACAUUAUUACAGUCUAGGUAGAUUUAAGGUAUCAUCAUCAUCUUCAGUAGAUGUUAGUUCCUCUCAUUUCAUCUUGGAAAAGUCCUUGAACCCACCAUCUUAUGAAGCACACAUUCAGAAUGCUGCAUCAUACAUUACCUCAGAAAGCAAAGAACAAGUAACUCAGCAUAGUUUACAGAGUGGCCAUCAUCAAACAUCUCCUACAAAUUACUCAUUGUCUUGUCAAAUUGUACAAAAUCAAGGAACACAGCCCCUACAUGAAGAUGCAAAAAAAGUUGCAUGUUCAUCCCCCUCUCCUCUUCUCUCACUGACUUCAUCUCCAAGAUAUGCAUAUAGCCAACAGUUAACUCAUGAGGAUCCACACAUAGAACAUUCAAUUAUAGCAGACAUAGCUCAAGGAACUUAUGAUUAUGAUAUUGAAGAACCAUCACAGACCUACCUUCCUCCCACUGCUCCUGAUGCACAAAUUGCUCUCCAUGCUGAGAGUCAAGCUUCCAGCACUGUAGAAUACAAUGCCAGCAACAAUCCCAGUGAGAAUCAUAGCACUAGCAUCCACAUUACUUCAAAUUGUGUGCAAAACAGUGAUCAAUCAAGAAUGCAGAGCUCCCAGAGCAGAGUGCUUGUAUAUCCAUUGGCCAGACAGGAUUCCCUGUAUAAGAAUAGUGAUCAAGACGACUUAGGUCUCUCAAGUUGGACAAGUAAUGCCCAGAGUGCAGGACACAGUGAGAAUCUGAGGAUUGAGAAGCUUUUGUUCAUACCUCACUCUGAGCAAACCUGUUUAUAUAUGAAGAAGGAAUCGUCAAAAAACUUGCCAGGUGAUCCCGGGUUGCAUUUAAGGAAGGACGUGAUGCUGAAAAAGUUCUGGAUUGAAGAGGACGAGCCAAUUGCAGAAGAGAUUGUGUCUUCACUUGCAAAUAGGCUUCCAGCUCCACAAACUCCACCAUCAAAACAACAAAAGCCCAGGCAAAUGUUGUGUCAGAUCUGUGGUAAAAUGCUGAAAGGUCGCAACAGUCUAAGGUGUCAUCUGAACAGCCACCAUAACAUACAGCCACACUCCUGUCCAACCUGUGGCAAAAGCUUCACCAACCGCAGUGUUCUGGUGGAGCACCUCCGUAUACACUCUGGAGAGACUCCUUACAUGUGCAGCCUGUGUAAUGCAGCCUUCAAAACACGCUCAGGCCUCCUGAGACAUGGAAGUAUGCACACCACUGCUCGGCCACAUGAGUGUUCCAUGUGCUCCAAGAAAUUCAAAACCAAGUUGGUGCUACAGCAACACAUGAAGCUUCAUCUAACAGAUGUAUUUACCUGUUCAGAAUGCGGAAAAACAUUUGAGAGGCGCAAGUCUCUGGCAGUUCACAAAGCAUUCCAUCAUCAUAAGACUCAGAGGUUCACAUGCCCUUACUGUUCCAAAGGGUACCACUUUCGAACCUUGUUGAACCAACACAUGCAGCUCCACUCCAAUGUUCAAAAGCACGUCUGCUCUGUAUGUGGGAAAGCCUUUGUGUGGCGGAGUGGCUUGGCUGCUCACAUGAAAACUCACUCAACUAACCGUCCAAAGUGUGAUAUCUGUGAUAUGCGUUUUGCUUCAGAGAAAAGACUCAAGUCACAUUACCGGCAACAUAGUAACCCUAAACCCCACCAGUGUAAAGUGUGCAGCAGAUGUUUCUCCCAUGCGUAUCUCUUGGCUUCUCAUUCAUUAAUACACCAAGAAAAUAAGGAGUAUGUAUGUCAAAAAUGUGAUAUUGUAUUUACCAAUGCAAAGAAGUUUAGAAAACAUUUAGUGACUCAUAAAAAAGAAGAACCAAGAAUUUGCAGACUAUCUGGUACUGUUGAAGCACCAAAACCAGUUUUAUGAUACAUGUAAGUGUUUUUGCCUCAAAACAUGUCAUUACUGAAAAUAUACCAAUGUAUAAUAUUAACUUAUUUUGGACAUGCACAAUACAAAAUAUAAAAUGAAUAAUAGUCAAUUUAUAUA